AUGGAUUUAAUUUCGGGUAUAUUCUAUUAUUUUAUACUAAUCCUGGUUCUUGCACCGAAUCCUGGGUUAAGCAAGGACUACGCAAACACGGAUGUAUUCGCAAAUAACAGAAGAUAUUAUAUUAUAACCAAAAAAGAGCUGUCGGGUUUCGCUCCAAAUAUGGACAGGAAGACGAAGAGAAAAGUCAACUUUAAGCACAUUCCUUCACUUUGGACAAAUAAAUGA